AUGCUUCCUCAAAUGCACCAGCACACUAAAUUUCCGGUGCCCGACGGAUCCACGUCUUCUCCGCCGAAUAACGUAUCGUCGGCUUCCACCUUGCCUUCCUGCCGAACCCAUUUUCAGACGCUUCCGCCGCCCAUCAUACCCUACUCGCUUCUCUCCGCAUUCUACUCGCUCUCCGCCGCCAACAUUUCGACGUCUCCGGAAAUUAAUGAAGGUACUCUGGCUCUUUCUAUUUUUCUAUUCUAAAUAUAUUAUUUCAACGCGAUGGAUUCAGGCGAAAAGGUGAAAUCCGUGGGUCGUUCGUACAACCCGGGCAGGCCGUUGUGUCUCGAGGAUCGGAAGAAGAUCGUCCGUCUGUACGAGGAAGGAUGUCGUGUCAGCCACAUUGCCAGACUCAUCGGAGUCACUCACAGUUGUGUGAGCAAGAUAAUGUCGAGGUGAGGAGGCAUACUGUAGUUAAGACAAUAAGAAGAAGUUUCGAUAGUUAUGUAAAUGAAAUGGGUACUCGACGAGCGCCCAAAUUGCCAUCGUGUGAACUUUAAAUUAGUGCUCCAAGUUGCGAUUAAUGUCCAAUAAAUGUCGCGAAAGUCUUGAGCAAACAAUGAGCUCUCAGUUUCUCUGCGGAAUUCAAUUGCGGGUCCCGAUUUAAAGCCACUAAUUUGGAUGUCUACGUUGUGGCAACUUCCGCGGUGCCCACGCGCUUCCAGUCAAUUACCAGUCUCUCCUUCGCUUCUUUCAAUCAUAAUUGCGCAUUUCCCUUUUGAAUUCUCAAAAUAGACAUCUCACUUCUGACCGACAACCUUUGCAGAUAUCGUCGCACGGGAAGUGUGCAGCCACGUAGCUUCCGCGCCACUGAGAAUCAGGAGAACGACACGGCGAGUGCCACGUGGCAGAAGCAGCAGCAACAGCAGAAGAAACAGAAGCCGUUGCCGCUGCCCUUCUCCAUAGAAAGGUCGGAAUAAGGAAGAGGAAUGCCUCAAAUGAGUUAGUUGCAGAAUCUUGUCGCCAGACCUCAAAAAGGACCUUCCGUACCCGAAGGUCACCUCGAUCCACCAGUGA